AUGACUCCCGAAGAAUCAUUUAAGGCUGGCAGAGAAGGUGUGGCCCUGCAGAAAACCCUGAGCUGUGGGGAAACUGUCUGCUCUGAAGCUACUGGCUCGCCAACCCAAUCCGUAAGAAUAAUGUCCAGUGCACAAGUGCCCGUCGCAACAAUCGGCCCUCUGGGAGACAAUCCGGUUCAGAUUGCCUGUCCCAAGUGUCAUCAGACUGUCCUCUCCAAGGUGGACUACUCCUCCGGUUUGCUCACUUAUCUUUUCUGUGGAGGACUCUUCUUCUGUGGCUUUGUUUUAGGUUGCUGCCUCAUCCCGUUCUGUGUGAACCGUCUGAAAGAUGCCAAGCACACCUGCCCCACCUGCAAGAGCGUACUGGGGGUGUAUAAACGCUUAUAGCUGAUUCUGAAGCAGCACUAGAAUGAUCUGUUUGUGGAGCUGGAAACAACUAAAUCUUUUUAAAAAGCAGUGUGUCUGAAAAUCAAACCUGUACGUUCAACUUUGUCAUACAUUAUAGUUUCUAAGGUAAUGCCUUUCCUUUGAGAAAUUAACUUUUUUUAAAACAUUUUUUUACAUUUUACAUAAACUGAUUCAUAGAAAAACUAAAAGGAAAGAUCUAUUGAAUCUAUAUUAUAUCAAUGAAUCAAUAAAUCAGACUGACUGAAAUAGAUAUA